AUGGACGGAAGACAGAAUGCACCCGCAGCACCAAAGAAGCGCGUCAGAAAGCCCAGGGGUCGCGGUUUGCGCACCAAAACGGGCUGCUUGACAUGCCGCGAACGGCACAAGAAGUGUGACGAAAAGCAGCCGGUAUGUGGCCCAUGCAGCAUCUCGUCUCGACAUUGCGUCUUUCCCCAGAUCGCCCAAGAUGCAGGCGGUAAGCAGGCGAGCCCAGCCGCCCCGGUGGUGGCCAACUCUCCUCGGACGCGGUAUCGUCGCGCUGCGGAUGUACAAUCUCGCGUAGAUCAGGAUGCAGCGAGGAACUCAGCAGCCGAGUCCACUACUCCUGUGUCCCUCGUGACGCAGACCUCGGUGCCACCGUUGACCCAGUCACCACGCGACUCAGGGCUGACGCUCGGCGAUGUGUACAGUUACUCCCCCGAGACCGUCGCAUCCGAGCUGUGGACCACCGACCUCGCCUCGACCCGAUGGCUCGGCCUGCUCGCUACGGACGCCGCGCAGGCUGACAGCGGCUUCUCGCUGGCCCCCAGUCCCGCUCCGGAAAAUGAGGAGCAGCGACGUGCGGCCUCCUUGCACGGCCCACCUGAUGCGGGCAACCUGGAAUCUCGUCUCAACGAUGUCUCCGACCCGGAAAGAAAAGCCUGGCAGGCGGACAGGGACAUCAGCUUGACCAACCGCGAGGCCGUUCUCUUCCGGCACUUCACCGAGCGAUCUUCGCGUUGGCUGGAUUUCUUGGAUCCUUUCAUGCUUUUCUCCACUUAUGCAGUCCGCUUGGCCUUGCGGAAUGCAGGUCUCAUGAAUGCCAUCUUGGCUUUGUCGGCCAAGCACCUCUCCAAGUUGGAAGGGGCGCACUCGGGCCGGGAUACGGCUGGUGGUAGUCCUGCACAGGAAUCUGGCGGCGAGUGGAUUCGGUACUACUAUGAAACCCUCCGCUACGUCCAGGAAGCUCUAGCUUAUACCAGCUAUACCAAUUCGGAAGAACUAAACGCCACAGCCAUUGUCAUCUCGGCUUACGAGAUGCUCGAUGAGUCGGAUGGCCGGGGAAAUUGGCAGAGACACCUGAAAGGCGUCUUCUGGAUCCAGCGGUCUCAGGAUGUCAACGGGUCGUCCGGUGGCCUUCGUCAGGCAGUCUGGUGGGCUUGGCUCCGUCAAGACAUUUGGGCCGCCUUCCGAGAGAAGAGACGAUGUCUAAGCUUCUGGGCUCCGUAUAAAGAAUACCAUGAACUAGAUCAGAACGGCCUCGCGCACAUGGCCAUCUAUCUCCUCUCUCAGGCUGUAAACUUUUGCGCCGACUCCCGCUUGGCGGAUGCGUCACCUGCGCCAGACGCGUCUGCCGUGGCCAACAGAUCUCGCACUGGGAGCGAACUAUUGGCCAAUUUAGAGCGAUGGAGGUCAUAUCUGGGCAGCGAAUUUAAGCCUCUCCCAACGUCGACUAACCCUUCUGACGUCUUCACUCCGCUCUGGGUUCAUCCUCCCCAAUUCGGCGUUGCUCUUCAGGCUUACUGUUUCGCACGUAUACUCAUCCUUCUACACAGUCCUAUACCCUCGGGAUUCAAUGGCUUCUUGAAAAUGCAGCGGUCUCUCUCGGAAGCCGUUGACACGAUAUGCGGAAUAGCAAUGGAGCUGAACGACGAAGGCUGUCAAAUCCUUUCUGCACAAUGUCUGUAUGGCGCUGGACUAUGCGUCCAGGAACCCGUAAAAAGAGAAAAAAUAUUAUCCCUCAUCGAAAAAAGUGAAGCAAGAGUUGGCUGGACGCCGAUGGCGACUUGGCGGGAGGAUCUGAGGCAGGCGUGGGCGGAUGCUGACACUAGGAGCCCGGAUGCUACGCGUUGA